CUCAAGUCUUAGGGGAAACCUGUCAGUCCCAUUGAUUGCUCUCGCAGAUAUACAUCAGAACGCAGCAAGCACAUCCUGAGCAGAUGUGGCGGAAGGGAAGGAAAACUACUGAUGCAAGAUGAUGCAGGAGUGAUGGUCAAUGUGCUAUGGGGUGUCCCUGCUAUGACAAUGGAUGGGCCCCGCACUGCUGCAGAGGUGGUUGCACGAUUCUGCCAUGCCAUGGGUCUAGAAGAUUCACCUGAGGCCAGCCAGCACAUCGAUGUCUAUCGUGUGGUACCUGUCAACGAUCAACUGAGCGAGUUUGCAGAGAAGGAGAAGCUUCUUGUGCAUUUGCCCGCCUCGCCCUUUGACUGCGCGGCCAUAGAGGAGCUUCACCAACAUUUGGAAGAAAUGGAGAUCAGGAAUGAGCGAUGUCGAGAGUCCAUUUCUGCAUUGGUCGAAGCAUUGCGCCACGAGGCGCCAACUGAUCUGCAUGCUGCUCCUUCGGAGGAGGAGAUGCAGCAUUUGCGACAGGAGAAUUCUACUUUAAGGCUGAAGCUUGAGCAAGCCUAUGUGGCCAACCGAGACAGCUACCGGGAACUCAACUUUCUUCGUGAAGUGACACCCAGACAUCCUGUGCGACAGGUGCCAAUGGGACCUGCAUCACUAUCUGGCUGGGAUGGACAUGUUGGGUCGAGCAUAUCUCCAGUCUCGAUGCCAUGCCCCAUGAGUACUGCACCUGCUGUGCAAAUACCAGCUGCAUGCCUCCACGGCCCACAGCCAGGAAGUAAUCCUGUGACUCCUCGCGUGCCACAGCUCCGGCAGCUGCCUCCGCGACUGCAAAUGUCAGCAGCCGCACCAAGUGGGCCCAGCAUUGCCCGCAUGGCGCAAAAUGCCUUCACUGCCCCAGCGAGUGUCGAAAGGAUACGUGAGCCUUUGAACAUGGCAGCCAUGGAGGUUCAACCACAGCCUUUCAUGAACGUCAGUGUUACAUCGGCUGCGGGCCGCUGUACCCCGACCAACAAGGCUCGAGAACACAGGGCAGCGCAACAAUAUAGCUUGACGUCGAAAGAUUUGAUCAAACGAUGAAGAAGAUCUGGUAGGAUGAUGAUGGGAUGAUCUAUAUAUAUUUUAGCAAGUCUUGCAGAAGAAUCCAUGGCACACUGAAAAAACAAGGCAAGAACUGUACCAGACAAGGUCACAUUGCAUUCUGCAUCGCGCUGCAGCUGCAAGGUGACAAAGGUCACUCCUUUGCGUAUGAACGGUCCGCGAUAAUUCGAAGAGAAACUACAUAUUUUGUUGAAAAAAGGCUGCGUGCUGGGCCGUGUUUGAGUGACUAGAAUGAGCUUAAGUCUAGUACUGCCUGCCUUUGACAACUAGUUGUGAUUGUUCUGGCUAGAUGCCC